UCGGGAGACUCAGAGACUGUGGGAAGUGUUGAGGCGGAGUCUGCAGUGGGGUCUGUCCAGCAGUGGCAGGCAGCGGAGGGUUGGGAGGCUGCUGUCAUUUCAUGGGUAGGCAGUCAGAGUGAGAGUGUCCCUGCUGCUAGAGGACCACGGCGGGCUGGGCGCGGGGGCCCCCGCCUCUCGCUCACCACGCGUACCCCGCGCCUCCUCCGGCAGCCACGGUGGUGGCGGCGGCAGAGCCUCGCCCACUCCAAUCCCCACCCUCUUCAUCCUUAGUCAUUAAAGAACAGCGGCGCCUGGCACGUUCUCGGAGGACCCCGGGCGCAGAGGAGGAAAGGGAGCAGGCGCAGGGGGACUGGAACGGCGGCAUGCGCCCGCCAGGAGCAAGCUCGGCGCCCACGGUCUGAGGCUGCAGCCCCAGUUCGCCAUUGUGAGCCGCCGCCGGGGGAGUCCGCUAGCGCAGCCGUGCCCCGGGGUCCCCGUCCGCGCAGCGAUGGGGCACCUGCCCACGGGGAUACACGGCGGCCUCCGCCUCCUGCCUCUGCUCUGGUUCUUUGUGCUGUUCAAGCAUGCUACAGCUUUCCAUGUAACUGUCCGAGAUGAUAAUAACAUCGUUGUCUCAUUAGAAGCUUCGGACGUCAUCAGUCCAGCAUCUGUGUAUGUUGUGAAGAUAACUGGUGAAUCCAAAAAUUAUUUCUUCGAAUUUGAGGAAUUCAACAGCACUUUGCCUCCUCCUGUUGUUUUUAAGGCCAGUUAUCAUGGCCUUUAUUAUAUAAUCACUCUGGUAGUGGUAAAUGGAAAUGUGGUGACCAAGCCAUCCAGAUCAAUCACUGUGUUAACAAAACCUCUACCUGUAACCAGUGUUUCAAUAUAUGACUAUAAACCUUCUCCUGAAACAGGAGUCCUAUUUGAAAUUCAUUACCCAGAAAAAUAUAAUGUUUUCACAAGAGUGAACAUUAGCUACUGGGAAGGUAAAGACUUCCGGACAAUGCUGUAUAAAGACUUCUUUAAGGGAAAAACAGUAUUUAAUCACUGGCUGCCAGGAAUCUGUUAUAGUAAUAUCACCUUUCAGCUGGUAUCUGAAGCAACUUUUAAUAAAAGUACCCUUGUUGAGUACAGUGGUGUCAGUCAUGAACCCAAACAGCACAGAACUGCCCCUUAUCCACCUCAAAAUAUUUCUGUUCGUAUCGUAAACUUGAACAAAAACAGCUGGGAAGAACAGAGUGGGAAUUUCCCAGAGGAAUCCUUCAUGAGAUCGCAAGACACAACAGAAAAAGAAAAACUCUUCCAUUUCACAGAAGAAACCCCUGAAAUUCCCUCCGGCAACAAUUCUUCCGGUUGGCCUGAUUUUAACAGCCGUGACUAUGAAACUACAUCCCAGCCCUAUUGGUGGGACAGUGCAUCUGCAGCUCCUGAAAGUGAAGAUGAAUUUGUCAGUGUACUUCCCAUGGAAUACGAAAAUAACAGUACGCUCAGUGAGACAGAGAAGUCAACGUCGGGCUCUUUCUCCUUUUUCCCUGUGCAUAUGAUAUUGACCUGGUUACCACCCAAACCACCCACUGCUUUUGAUGGGUUCCAUAUCCGUAUUGAACGAGAAGAGAACUUUACUGAAUAUUUGACAGUGGAUGAAGAAGCACAUGAAUUUGUUGCAGAACUGAAGGAACCUGGGAAAUAUAAGUUAUCUGUGGCAACCUUUAGUUCCUCAGGAUCUUGUGAAACUCGAAAAAGUCAGUCAGCAAAAUCACUCAGCUUUUAUAUCAGUCCUUCAGGAGAGUGGAUCGAAGAACUGACUGAGAAGCCCCAGCACGUGAGUGUCCACGUUUUAAGCUCAACCACUGCCUUGAUGUCCUGGACAUCUUCCCAAGAAAACUACAACAGCACCAUUGUGUCUGUGGUGUCGCUGACCUGCCAGAAGCAAAAGGAGAGCCAGAGGCUUGAAAAGCAGUACUGCACUCAGGUGAACUCAAGCAAACCUAUUAUUGAAAAUCUGGUUCCUGGUGCCCAAUACCAGGUUGUAAUAUACCUAAGGAAAGGCCCUUUGGUUGGACCACCUUCAGAUCCUGUGACGUUUGCUAUUGUUCCCACUGGAAUAAAGGAUUUAAUGCUCUAUCCCUUGGGACCUACGGCAGUGGUUCUGAGCUGGACCAGACCUUAUUUAGGCGUGUUCAGAAAAUAUGUGGUUGAAAUGUUUUAUUUCAACCCUGCUACGAUGACAUCAGAGUGGACAACCUACUAUGAAAUAGCAGCAACUGUCUCCUUAACUGCAUCCGUGAGAGUAGCUAAUCUGCUGCCAGCAUGGUACUACAACUUCCGGGUUACCAUGGUGACAUGGGGAGAUCCAGAAUUGAGCUGCUGUGACAGCUCCACCAUCAGCUUCAUAACAGCCCCAGUGGCUCCAGAAAUCACUUCUGUGGAAUAUUUCAACAGUCUGUUAUAUAUCAGUUGGACAUAUGGGGAUGACACAACAGACCUGUCCCAUUCUAGAAUGCUCCACUGGAUGGUUGUUGCAGAAGGAAAAAAGAAAAUUAAAAAGAGUGUCACACGCAAUGUCAUGACUGCAAUUCUCAGCUUACCUCCAGGAGACAUCUACAACCUCUCAGUCACUGCUUGUACUGAAAGAGGAAGUAAUACCUCCAUGCUCCACCUGGUCAAGCUAGAACCAGCUCCACCCAAAUCACUCUUCGCAGUGAACAAAACCCAGACUUCGGUGACUUUGCUGUGGGUGGAAGAGGGAGUAGCUGAUUUCUUUGAAGUUUUCUGUCAACAAGUUGGCUCCAGUCAGAAAACCAAACUUCAGGAACCAGUUGCUGUUUCUUCUCAUGUUGUGACAAUCUCCAGCCUUCUUCCUGCCACUGCCUACAAUUGCAGUGUCACCAGCUUUAGUCACGACAGCCCCAGUGUCCCUACGUUCAUAGCCGUCUCAACAAUGGUUACAGAGAUGAACCCCAAUGUGGUAGUGAUCUCCGUGCUGGCCAUCCUUAGCACACUUUUAAUUGGACUGUUGCUUGUUACCCUCAUUAUUCUUAGGAAAAAGCAUCUGCAGAUGGCUAGGGAGUGUGGAGCAGGUACAUUUGUCAAUUUUGCAUCUUUAGAGAGGGAUGGAAAACUUCCAUACAACUGGCGUAGGAGUAUAUUUGCUUUCUUAACCCUGCUACCUUCAUGUCUUUGGACUGAUUAUCUUUUGGCAUUUUAUAUUAAUCCUUGGAGUAAAAAUGGCUUAAAGAAGAGGAAACUGACAAACCCGGUUCAACUGGAUGACUUUGAUGCCUACAUUAAGGAUAUGGCCAAAGACUCUGACUAUAAAUUUUCCCUUCAGUUUGAGGAGUUGAAAUUGAUUGGACUGGAUAUCCCACACUUUGCCGCAGAUCUUCCACUGAAUCGAUGUAAAAACCGUUACACAAACAUCCUACCAUAUGACUUCAGCCGCGUGAGAUUAAUCUCCAUGAACGAAGAGGAAGGUGCAGAUUACAUCAAUGCCAACUACAUUCCUGGAUACAACUCACCCCAGGAGUAUAUUGCCACCCAGGGGCCGCUGCCUGAAACCAGAAAUGACUUCUGGAACAUGGUCCAGCAACAGAAGUCUCAGAUUAUUGUCAUGCUCACCCAGUGUAACGAGAAAAGGAGGGUGAAAUGUGACCAUUACUGGCCAUUCACAGAAGAACCUAUAGCUUACGGAGACAUCACCGUGGAGAUGAUUUCAGAGGAAGAGCGGGACGACUGGGCCUGUAGACACUUCCGGAUCAACUAUGCUGACGAGAUGCAGGAUGUGAUGCAUUUCAACUACACCGCAUGGCCUGAUCACGGUGUGCCCACAGCAAAUGCUGCAGAGAGUAUCCUGCAGUUUGUACACAUGGUCCGACAGCAAGCUACCAAGAGCAAAGGUCCCAUGAUCAUUCACUGCAGUGCUGGAGUGGGACGGACGGGGACAUUCAUUGCCCUGGACAGGCUCAUGCAGCACAUUCGGGAUCACGAGUUUGUCGACAUCUUAGGGCUGGUGUCAGAAAUGAGGUCGUACCGGAUGUCUAUGGUACAGACAGAGGAGCAGUACAUCUUUAUCCAUCAGUGUGUGCAGCUGAUGUGGAUGAAGAAGAAGCAGCACUUCUGCAUCAGCGACGUCAUAUAUGAGAAUGUUAGCAAGUCCUAGUUCAGCAUCUGGAGCUGAGCGGACACGAUGUGCACCCAUCCUCCCUUGCUUCCAGAUUGUUUUGGGGGCCCCUGAUAGUCAUUUUGCUAAAAAGAGGCCCUGCUUUGUAAUAUGUGGCCAAGGAGAUAAUUUAUCUCACAGAAGCACCGGGAAGACUUAGCCUUAAAGAGCCUAUAGUGUCUUUUUGGACUCUUUCACUUCGGGACAUUUAAUAAUGGACCAAAUUCAAUAGAACACCAAGAAGGUCAAGACGCUCUCCAAAGGGCAGGAAGGACUGCACUUCUGAGUUUAGCUGGCCCUUUGCUGGUUGGGCUGAGAUUUUUGUUUUUAGGUGUUUAAGUGCAAUAAUUUCUGUAUGUGUGUGAUUCUUAUCAGAAAGUUGAACUGUUUUCUGCCCACACCGUUCAUCAGCCCCAUCAUCAGCCCCAUAACCCAGGAAGGAACAGGCAUUGUUAGCAUCAGAUUAUACCUCAUUAUUAAAAGGAGUCAUGGCCACGCAUGAAGAAACGGUCAUUCUACUUCAAGGAGACUGAAGCAGUGCAAUCUGUACUCCAGCGUCACCAGAUCUGAACUGGGGAGGGUGGACAGGGAAGAGAGGCUUUCUACCCACAGAUCAACUGUGUCAUCUUUUCCUAUUCCAAAUAUGGAAAGCUAUCAUUCAACUUCUAAGUAGAGUAGAAAAAAAUUGUCUUAACUGUUCUGGUUCUUGACGGUUUCCUUCCUUAUUAACAGUUGGGUGUUUCUUCCUUGGCCCUUUGGACUAAUGUUACUGUCCAAGUCGUUUUUCAAGAAACCACAUCUGGUUCAGAAGAGUGUCGAGUCGGACUCUAAACUCCGUGCUGUCUGAGCAAUCUUGCUGCCUAGACUUUGCACUCCUUGUUCUGUUGACCUGCAUACACAUGAGAGCUGUUUCUUUAAGAACUCUGGGCUGUGAAAACGCACUUUCUUUCCCGCAAAGAGCUGGGAAUUUAUGAAGUUAUGGCAGUGAACUGCAGCAUGCUGGGACAAUUAUUUGACUACAUUUUCUUUGUAAUAUUGUCAAGUGUCUCUACGGAUUCUGACAGAGAUUUCUCUUUGUUUUGUUACCCUUUCGGUUGUCAGCUUCAUUUUAACGAGUGUAACUAGUAACAUUUUAUUCUUUGGAUUUUCUAUAAUUGCAGUACAUGAUUGUGUAUUGUGACAUGAAUGCUGUCAAAAUGGAUAUUGAUGGCAUUGUGAAGCCUGUUACUUUGUGUCACUUCCUGAGAAAUAAGAGGUGAUGACAUAGAUAUACAACAGAAAACACUUUGAGUUGAAAGUACAUACAAGCUGACUGCUUCCCUAUGGCAACUGUGGCUAUUGUGAGCCUCCCUGUGUGCUUCCAGGAGGCUUUGCUCGUCCUCAUGCACCUGACACUGCCCCUUCCCCUGUCUUCCCUCCAUCCCUGAUCAUCUUUGCGAAGCCACAGAUAUAAGAUCAGCUUACUAUUUUAUCAGUGACCUUAGCGAUGGUGAAGGAUGCCAGGUGAACAGCUCUGCGCCCCACCGUCUCUUGUCACGGAGAAGGCCUGGCUAUGGCAGACCUUGGCAAAGUUUCUUGCAAGAUCUGGCCAGCGAGUCUCAGUUUCACCUUGCAGGGUGAAUGGCAGAGGAUAUCCACACCCUGCAGGUUAACAGCUUGGUCUCCUCAGGGAUUGUCAGUUCCUACUCACCUCCCUGCUACCACCUCCUCCUUUUCUUCUCACCCCCCACUCCUCUAUUUCCCUUUUUGGACAUUUUAAUAAUAUAUCACACCAUUCUCAGGAACAAACAUGGUUAAUGAAAGGUGGCAAAGGGAUGUGUGACAUUCUUAGAUUUUCACACAUGGACAGUCAGGAGUGAAAUGUGCAACCUUGGAAGAGCCGAAUCAGUGUAUGGGUGAACUGAAAUACAUUUCCAACUCUGCCACUCAGAAGCAGACAUUUUUGCAGCCUGGAACAUUGCUACCCAUGAAACAAGCCACUUCAUAAAUAUUUUAUGUUUUUCCUGAGCAUCCCUUUAAGGUAGGGAUCAGAUAGUGCCAGAUCAAUUUUCCCAAAAGGAAAGAGGAAGUGUCCAGAGUUUAGACUGAAGGCUCAGAGUCAAAACUACGGGAAGGUCACACUGUUCACUGGAACACGGUUGCUCCUCAGUUUGUAGAGUUUAUGAUGGAAAAGGCAUCAAUCUAUCAAAAGAGUAUUCAUCCCAAUAAUGACUUUGGAAUUCUCUCUCCAGGGUCUCAGUUAAUAAACUGAAGAAAGACCUAA